AUAAUAAACCGAAUGUUAACCAAACCAGUCGGUACACAUUUGCAUCGAACCAUAAUAAAUAUCCGGUGUGGUGUUUGUUUGUUGAAAAAGGAGGAGAAGAGAAAUGGGGAUAGUGACUAGAGCCGGAGAUUGGUCGUUCAAGGCUUUCACGGCGGGGCUAGGGCUCGCCACCAUCUACCUCACCGCUACUUUCUCCUUUAAUGUCUAUCGUGGUCUCUCUUGGCACAACGCUCAAUCUAAGCUGGAGAUUGAGGAAUCUGAAGAACAACCCGAAUGAUCCGAAUUCAGUUGCUAUCUAUCCCUCAAGCAGCAGAUGCUUCCUUGAAUCUUUGUGUGUGUUGUUUCUUUCAUACAACUGCUAUAUCUUUGUUUCGAUUCUAGGAGCAAUUAAAUAAAUGAAAUUUUUUGGUUGAUACCUUCACUAAAUUUGUAAUGUGAUUCUAAAAGUUCCGUAAUAGCAAAAGAACAAACUUUUCUUACAAUA